UUUUAGUUUAUUAUUUUUUGAGCCUUGCUUUAAUGAUGAGUUAUUUCUCUUACAGUUGGUGUUUCCAAGCAGGAGAUGCUGCAGAAGAGGAAUGCUGUUUUCGUGGAUGGGGUCAUCCUAAAUGGUCCAAUAAUGGACUCAAAAGCAGGAGAGAAGUUUGUGGAAGAGGCCUGUAAGAUUAUAAUGGAAGAAGUUGUCCAGAAAGCGGAUGAUGUAACAGAAAAGGUCUGUGAAUGGCAAGCCCCUGAAAAGCUUAAGCAGAUUCUUGACCUGGAAAUGAGGGACACUGGAGAAUGCCAUCAGAAGAUCCUGCAGCUCUGCCGUGAUGUUAUAAAAUACAGCGUCAAAACCAAUCAUCCGAGAUUUUUCAAUCAGCUGUAUGCUGGAAUAGAUCAUUACUCAUUAGUGGCUCGUUUCAUUACAGAAGCACUGAACCCCAGUGUAUACACAUAUGAAGUAUCCCCUGUGUUUCUGUUGGUGGAAGAAGCAGUCAUCAAGAAAAUGAUUGAAUUCAUAGGCUGGGAAGAAGGGGAUGGUAUAUUUAAUCCAGGUGGCUCUGUUUCUAAUAUGUAUGCUAUGAACUUAGCAAGGUACAAAUUUUGCCCUGAGAUAAAGGAGAAAGGGCUUUCAGGUCUGCCAAGACUAGUUCUGUUCGCUUCGGAAGAGUGCCAUUACUCCAUGAAGAAGGCAGCCUCCUUCCUGGGUAUUGGUACAGAGAAUGUGUAUUUCAUCAAAACAGAUGAAAGAGGUAAGAUGAUACCUGAGGAACUGGAGAAACAAGUCCAGCGGGCCAGGAAAGAGGGGUCAGCACCAUUUCUUGUCUGUGCUACAGCAGGCACAACUGUGCUGGGAGCAUUUGAUCCUCUGGAUAAAAUUGCUGAUAUCUGUGAAAAGCAUGGCCUCUGGCUUCAUGUUGAUGCUUCUUGGGGUGGCUCAGCUUUGAUAUCAAGGAAGCAUCGCAGACUUCUUCAUGGUAUCCACAGGGCUGAUUCUGUUGCCUGGAAUCCCCAUAAAAUGCUGUUGGCAGGAAUCCAGUGCUGUGCUCUUCUGGUGAAAGACAACUCUGGCCUCUUGAAGAAGUGUUAUUCUGCUGAGGCUGCGUACCUGUUCCAGCAGGACAAGUUCUAUGAUGUCAGCUACGACACUGGUGACAAGUCCAUUCAGUGCAGCAGGCGUCCGGAUGCUUUCAAAUUCUGGCUGAUGUGGAAAGCAUUGGGAACUAUGGGCCUUGAGGAGAGAGUAAACAGGGCACUGGCUUUGGCGAGAUAUCUAGUGGAGGAAAUUAAAAAAAGAGAGGGAUUUCAGCUUCUUUUGGAGCCGGAGUAUGCAAACAUCUGUUUUUGGUACAUUCCACCGAGCUUAAGAAAAAUGGAGGAUGGACCUGAAUUUUGGCAAAAGCUGCACCACGUUGCCCCUAUAAUUAAGGAGAGGAUGAUGAAGAAGGGCAGCAUGAUGCUUGGGUACCAGCCUCACCGGGGCAAAGUCAACUUCUUCCGCCAGGUGGUUAUCAGCCCACAAGUCAGCCGAGAGGACAUGGACUUCCUGCUGGAUGAAAUCGAGCUUCUUGCUAAGGACUUGUAGCUGUAGAUCCACAGCAUCAGGUGCUGCUCAUGUGUGAUAUUUAUGGAGAGAGAGUGGCAGCGGCAUUCUGGUACUAUUUUGUGAAAGGUAGCAAAAAGCUU